UAUUUUCAGCUGCAGGUUUUUUUUCCUCUCGUUCUCUCUUGCCCCGCUCCCUCUGUUUCUCUCUCCGUGGCUUUCUCUCUCUCCCAGCUUCUGUGUUUCCGAGUAAAGCCUCUGUAAAGUCUCCAGAAAUAAAGCGGCCGUUUCUCUUUUUUGUUAUUAUGAGUCUACAUUCCCAACCGGAUACAUCCCGAGCGUCUGAAAAACUUCCUGGAUACCUCCCUUAACAACCAGCCGACCUCCCGGGCCUGGCCAGCAGCCUUUUAAGUGCCAUUUCAGCCCUUUAUUACCCUUUGUUUUUGAGUUUUUCUGAAGCGAAAGCUUUGGAGAGGGGAGAGUUGAAGGACGUUUUAUAAAGGCUGGCUCAUCCAAAACUAUGGAAGCAGUGAUGAGCAAUAUCAAGAGGCUGCUUUGUUAAAUGUGAGAACCAUCUGUAUUUUGACGUGCCUGGGAUAUAUACAUUAAAGAGAAGGAUGUGGUCAACUAUGGCUUCAAUUGUAGAAAGAUUACCCUGACCCUAAAAAGUCAAGACUUGUCUGCGGGAAUCAGUAAAGCUGAAUUAAACUGCUGUAUGUCAGAACAUAUAUUAUCCUCCUUAACCCUCAGAACUGAAUAAAGGCAUUUGUGAAUCAUGUGCGUUCUGGUUAGAAGGCAGCCAGUUCUCCCCAUGUAGCAUUACUCUACAGCUCAAAACGCUCUGAAUCAUCGCACAAACACUAAAUGAAUGUGGAUUAUUAUGAAGCAGUGACUUUAAAUAAAAUGGUGGCUUUUGAAGAGAUGAUUCCUCAUUGAGCUGGAGCAUCUCCCUGAACACUUCGUACAGUGGACAAGCACUGUACCAUAUGGUCACAUUUCAGAGGCCAUGAUGACAUGAAAUCUGGAGGUAUCAUCUGACUAUUGAUAUCUUUGAGGUGUCACAAGCAGAAACGUAAAAAUGAAUGGAGGAAAUGAGAAUGAUGGUGAAAAAGAUGGCGGGGGACCAGCAGUUCAAGUUCCUAUAGGAUGGCAGCGACAAGUGGAUCAGAAUGGAGUGCUGUACAUGAGCCCAAGUGGCUCAGUGUUGGCCUGCAUCGAGCAAGUCAAAACAUAUCUUCUCACCGAUGGAACAUGCAAGUGUGGCUUGGAGUGUCCUCUCAUUCUUUCAAAGGUGUUUACUUUUGAUCCUGGAGCGACUGUAAAGCAAAGAACAGCAGAAGAUGUCAAAGCUGAUGAAGAUUUGACAAAACUUUGCAUUCAUAAACGGAAGAUAAUUGCAGUAGCUACACUACAUAAAAGUAUUGAGACACCACAUCCUUCCCUGCUUCUAACCAGUCCAGGGGGUGGAACAAGUGGAACUCCCACGGUGCAGUCACGGGCCACAACUCCGAGAGCAAUGAGGAAUAAAUCACAAGAAGCAAUGGUAAAUUCUACGGUGCCAGACUACAAGAAUACGUUUCUGCCUAAAUUGAUGGCGGGAGGUUCAAAUGCUGUGACACGGCUGUAUCAACAGGAAUUAUGUGGAAGUCCCCAGCAGGAGCUUCAUGGUUAUUCCAGGCAGAGACUGGGUAGCAAUGAUCAAGGGCAGAAGUCUCCAUACCGUGGAAGCCAUGGUGGUCUUUCCAGCCCAGCAUCGUCAGGAUCACAAAUCUAUGGUGAUGGUUCUAUAUCUCCUAGAACUGAUACAGUGGGAAGUCCUGAUGUGUUUACGCGAAAUAAUCCAGGAUUUCAUGCUGGGCCCAACUCUAGUCCUAUUCACAUCAAUAAAAUGCCCCAUUCCCCACCAACUGUUCUGAUGCAAAAUUCUUCAUCCCAUUCAUCCUGUGCUAUGGCUGGUAGGACUUCUAUACCUCUUUCACCAACAAUGACUACAAAAAGUCCUGUCAUGAAAAAACCGUCUUGUAAUUAUUCAUCAAAUGUUGAUAUGCCAAGAAUUAUGUUUCAUAAACCUCCCCAAGGAGCCCCAACAUCAUGUGCUCUCCAGAAAAAGCCAUUACCCUCUGAAAAGGAUCCAUUAGGCAUCCUUGACCCCAUACCAAGUAAACCUAAUCCAGUACUUAUGAACACAUCUAAUUUCCCAACAACCAUGCACUCUCAGGUACCUAUGAUGAAUGUAAACAUGCCUCCUGCUGUUGUCCCUUUGCCAAGCAACCUACCAUUGCCAACAGUCAAACCUGGCCCUGUAAACCAUGGAACCCAUGUACCACGGGUCCAACAUUCAACUUCCACUUCUGUAUCUCCUGCACCUGUCACCUCACCUGUACACAUGAUGGGACCUGUAAUGGGAAGAAUUGAGGCAUCACCACAGAGGUCAAGGUCAUCUUCAACAUCUUCUGAUCAUGGAAGUUUAAUGAUGCCACCUUCAGGUCCUCAAUCAAGCUGCAGUGGAAUAAAGGUUCCUCCAAGGUCUCCUAGGUCAUCUAUGGGUUCUCCACGACCAUCCAUGCCAUCCAGCCCAUCCACCAAGCCUGAAGGGCUUCUUCAUCAAUAUAAAGAUAUUCCUAAUCCAUUGUUGGUUGGAAUGAACAAUGUUCUGAAUCCUCAAAGUAAUCCUUUGUUUCCAUCUGUGUCUGUUGGAAAUGUACCACAGCAAAAGGGUCAGCCAGGUUUGCUUGGAAUGCCCUUAAAUCAAAUUUUGAACCAGCAUAAUGCUGCCUCAUUUCCAGCAAGCAGUUUACUUUCAGCAGCAGCCAAAGCACAGCUAGCUAAUCAAAACAAACUGUCUGGUAGUAACAGUAGUGGUGGAGUUGGCAGUGGUGGCAAUAGUGAAGGACAUAGCACUUUAAAUACCAUGUUUCCUCCAACUGCCAACAUGCUUCUUUCCGUUAAUGAAGUUCAGAGUGGACGUGCGGCUUUGAGAGACAAGCUCAUGGCACAGCAAAAGGAUCCUUUAAGGAAGCGGAAACAAGCAACCCCUACAGUAUUGAGUAUGCUAAAACAGUCUCAGAUGGGCAGCUCAGGAGUCCCAAAGUCUGUGAUUGACUCUCUAAGGAAACAAGGACAAAAUUCCUCCAUAACUAUGAAUAAUACCAUGUCUCAAUUACUUCAAUCUAUGAGUUCACAAAGUUCUCAAAUAAGUGGCAAUAGCAGCACUAGUUGUGGUAGUUCCACUACAGGUAUUUCUGGUUCCUCCAAUCAACAUAGCUUCUCAAAUACCAGUCUGAACUCAGGUUCCAUUCAUAACCUAUCAGCUCAAAAUUUAACAAGAGGGGAAGGUAUUUCUUGCCAAAAUACAAGUACUAAUUUAAUCCACAGUUGUCAGGGCCCAAGCAAUCAAUUUGUUGGGUUAGUUGGACAGCUCCAUGGUAGUGGAAAUUGUGGGCUGCUUCAUCAGUCUGCAGUGACUUUGGGAAAUAAUUUGCAUUCUAACCAUCAUUCAAGAAUUGCAGCCUCUUCAGCAACAAUGGUACCAAACAGCAGUGGCAUUUGUAGCCAAACCAGUGCUGACACAGGAGGGCAGGAUGGUCCAUCCCAUGGACAUCUCCACAGACGGCAACGUUGUUCUUUGGUCAACCUGUCAGGAGGUAGUUCUGGCCAGCCAGCAUCCAUGGCCAUUGCUGGCACCAACCAACUUGCCAUUACCAAGACAACAUCCGUUCUGCAAGAUGGAGUUAUAGUUACAACAGCAGCUGGAAAUGCAAUGCAUAGUCAGAUUCCCGUGGGGAGCACUCUUCCCUUCAUUGGUCAGGACCAAGCUUUUCAAUUUGGACAGGCUGUCCCUACAAGUAGCAAUCUAACCCACCCUUUGAACCCAAAUCUCCUUGGAUCUCUGUCCAUCCCCUUAGCAAUGAGCCAACAACAGCUCCUGAACCAAAAUAUGCUGAACAUGUUACCUACAUCUGGAGAUGGCAAAGGAGAAGUCUCUGUUAACCCUUUGGGAAUUCUGAACCCAACUUUAAAUUCAGCUUUGACUUUGCUCCCUGGUGAUAUGGCUGGACAGACUCUGCAACCUGUUCAACUUUUGGCUACCUUGUUUCAAAACCAGGCACAAGCUACUAUGCUCCCACUGACAUCUUUUAAUUUAACUCUCCCAGAUUUAUUACAGCAGCAAAACCACCCUUCACCUUCAGUGACACAGAUCCAGCCCCUGCCAGAUCAUUUGCAUAGCAAUCAAUUAGUUAGUAACAGAACAGAAACCCUUUUGACAAACCCUCUAACAAGCCCUCCAAAUGACACUACUUCAAACCCUCUCCUCCUUCCAGCUGUCACAGCAGCUCCAGGACUGAUGGCCCUGAAUCCCCAUCUGUUGAGAAGUGUUUUGCACUCUCCUUCAGACCAUGCUGCUAACCAUUCUGAGGUUUCCAUAGCAACCUCAUCCCAGGCAACUACCACAACCACCACAUCAUCAUCAGUAGCAGCACUUGCCGUCUCAACUCUUGGUGGGACAGCAGUUAUGUCAAUGGCAGAAUCGCUGCUGCCCAUCUCAGCUGCUGGGCAUUCAACAGGACCUACAAAACUGAACAACUCUUUGCUACCACACCUCCCUUUGCUGGGAGCCAGCCUUCUUGGUGAUGUACCUUCAUUCAACAACAAUUUGAACAAUCCACAGUUAAGUCGUCUCCAGACCUUAAUCAAUAGCAAUCAGAUGUUUCCUCAGAAUCAUCAACUUUUACAAGGUCUGCAAGGGACUCGGGGCCUUCAGGGGUUUCAAGGUCCUUCUUCAUUUUCUGGACCCAGUAACACUCAAAACCCUAUGGCAUGCGUUUUUCAAAACUUUCAGGUGAGUCCAGCCCAAGAUGUCUCACUUUCAAAUGCUCCAGUAAACUCCCAUCCAGGAACAAUAUUGCUGUCUGAGGGAUCCCAAACUGCCCUUCCCCCUUUCCAUGAUCUGUCUGGUGACCAGCAUCAAAUAGAACAGGUUCAAGGUCAGCACGGCAGAGAAGAAGCCCCCACUGUGGGUCCCCAUGACCCUUCUGUUGAUGCUAUAUAUAAAGCUGUGGUGGAUGCUGCAAGCAAAGGAAUGCAGGUUGUGAUCACGACAGCGAUGAGUAGUACUUCUCAAAUGAGCCCAAUCCCAGCCCUGAGUGCCAUGAGUGCCUUUACUGCCUCCAUUGCAAAUCCUGUGAAUCUUUCCAAUGCAGUCAAUGCAGUGAUUCAUGGGAAAAGACUUUCCAGCAUGGAGAUUGACAGCCGGCUCCAUAGUCAAAACAUCCUUGCAAGUAGACAUGCCAGAGGUGUGAAAUUGAGGAAAAGUACUGAACAAGCAAAAAUUACUCCUGAAGGGGAAGGAUUUGAGUACUUCAAAUCACCAGGUCGCAACACACCUAAAAAACAAUGGGAAACUGAGCAACUUGCGGCUGGCGAUGCAACAGUGUGGAAAUGUGAGAAAUUUCUAGAACACUCGGGGCAGGUAAAUCAUAGUCCUUCUGUGGACAGAAUACCCUCUUUUCAUGGAGAGCAGACUGAUGGAGUAUUACAGCAGAAAAACUGCCACUUGGACAAAAGAUUUCUUGAGGACAGUUUUAAGUUUAAUAGUCAAAAAAGACACCUUGUUAACAUUAAAGAAAGACUAGAGAAUACUUUGGAAAGAUGCACACACAUCAAUGGAAACCGGUCUCAACAGAACAGGAACUUUGGUGAGUUGCUGACAACCCCCAAACAGGAGCUUGCCAUAGAGGAGCAAUCUCCAAGCUCCUCGGCCAGUUUGGAGGGAAUGCCAGGUUCUUUGGCACAUGACUAUAUUCAAUACAAUGGAGAUUAUAGUUCAGAAAACAUUAAUGGAUGUGCCCCAAGUCCGUCAGACACUAAAAGUAUCAGCAGCGAUGAUGAUUUGAAGAUUCCAGAUUCUCCAUCUAAUGAAUUAAUACACUAUAGACCAAGGACGUUUAAUGUUGGUGACUUGGUCUGGAGUCAAAUAAAAGGAUUUCCUUCAUGGCCAGGAAAGUUGGUGAGAGAAGAUGAAGUCCACAAUUCCUGUCAGCAAAACUCUGAAGAGGGAAAGAUUCACCAGACAACUCAGAAGGACAGACAAGUCAAGUCACCAAAAGCCAAGAGACGAAAAAUCUCUAGAUAACGUUCAAUGUCUUCAUCACUGAUAUAGUUAUAGGGUUGAACUGUGUGUAUAUAGAGUCUUAUGCUACAAGGUGCUAUGGAACUGUGGUACAGUGUUUCUUCAAUAAUGAGCAAAAAUUAUAUGCUGGAUAGCUCAUCAGAAACCUUGUGAGAUCAUGGUUACAGUUUAUCUACUGCUUGCCUAUGAAGUGACAUUUUCUACAGUACUAAAAGAUCAAGAAUAUCAAAAACUGAACAGUCCAAAUGUUUCUGAAUUUUCAUUGUGUAUAUAGAUAUGCAAAAUUUCAUGAUAAUAUCAAAUUGUAAAUACUGUAUAAAGUUGUCAUGUACAAGCAUACUUAAUGCACAGUUUAUCUUGUACAAAAUAGUGUACAAAAUUCUUUGGUUUCUAUUUACACAUACAAGAGACUACCAGUGUAAAGAGGAUAAAUAAAAAUGCCGCUUAAAGCUUUUAUAUGCAAGAUGCUGUUUUUGUAUUUAACAGCAGAUGAGGCAUGGUUAUGUGAUAACUUAAUUAUGGCAGACACUUCACACCGCCAAUGUUCACUUCUUUCUGUUUGAACUCUGUCUUUUGUGCAAUGGCAUGGAGGUCUCUACGGUCCCACAUGCAAACUCCAUGUAAAAUGAUGAUUUUUCUUUUUCCCUUCACUUUUUUCCCCCAUUCUAAGUUGAUGUGUUCUGUUUUGAUGGUAUUGGUGUCUGUGUUUUCUUAUCAAUCAGCUUUUCUGCUAUUUUAUGUCAAAAAAUGUUUUAUUCAUCAAAGGUGCGUGCUUUUAUAUUUAAUUUUGCCUUUCUUUGCUUUACUCCUAAACUGUCUUGUAAUGACCAACUUUGCUCUUUGUUUUGACAUUUAUCUAAUUGUUUUGUAUUUUCUCACAUGUAUACUUUACAUUAGUAGAACAUGUAAAGUAUUUUGUGCACUUGAUUUUAAUUGGUUGAUGGCAUUUAUGUGGGUGAUAGGAGUAGUUUGUUCCAGUCCAUGCAAAUUCUCUUUAGGGUUUUAUGGUUUCAUGUAAAGAACACUAAUUGUAAAUAUUGUGAGCAUUACAGGUCGUGCAGUGUUGUAACAUUUUUAAUAAUGUUGCACCUACUUUACAAUUAAAAACUGGUCACUCAUACUUGA